GUGUGUGUGUUGGAGCAGUAAUCGGAUCAAAAGAAUACUGGGACAAGCUCGAUUAUACCCACAGGUGUUUGACUACAAAUAGCAGAGGUCGCAGGAAACUUCUAAAGAUGGACCGGGAUCCUGACCAUAAAGCCUGGAUGUCGCUCCGCCUGUCUCGUGUACUGGACGAUAUUGGCGCCAACCGCCAGGUGGUGAAAAAAAGGCGGGAAACCUUCCUGCUGCGAGAAGCUGUAGAGACCAUACUACUAAAAUUAUUUGGUUUAAACAGUACGUGUUUUCAUUUCGGCAGCCAAUCAGAGGGAUCUACAACGUUAGGGAUGAAUUCCGAUAUCGAUCUGCUUACAUGCCAUAAUGACACCAACAUCAUGUCUGACUGGUUAGACUGGGAGGCCGGGAUGCAGAACUUUCUAAUGGUGAAGGAGGAAUCAACUCCGCCACAACACUACUGGCUACAAUUAAUUAGUUCAAUCGCUCCAGAACCUGUCAGAUAUAACGGACAGGAAUAUUGCUUUCCACAUAUAGAUGGACGAGUGUUUGAAAGUAAUAAAAAAUGGCAACAUAGUGGUAAACUGUUAUUUGGAAUGAACUUCCGAUGUAAUGGACCUUCAAUAAGUCACUCUGAAGAAUGGGACCUUGUUAUAGGUCUCAAAUGUAACGUUCUUCCUCCGGAAGUUGACCGAUGGUUUCACCUUCCCAGGCGUGGACAUUGGCCUACACCGGAAAUGAUGCAGGCUGCACGGGAAUGUUCUUGUUUUCUUGUUCCUGAUGGACAUUUUGAGAGUCUGAAUGAAAAUAUUGAAUGGCGAUUAUCACCAAGCCAAAUAGAACGGAUUCUUGUUUUUAGUUUUACAACAGUGCAGUUAAAAUGCUACGUUGUCUUGAAGAUGAUCAAAAAAUAUAUAAUGGAACAAUAUUUAAGUCAUCAUAGUAAACUAACCUCGUUUCAUUGCAAGACCGUUAUGUUCUUUACAAUCGAGAGAAUAUCCCCAGAGGAGUGGAGAGAAGAUCGGCUCAUAGGGUGCAUAGGAUAUUGUUUGCAAACACUGGAAUUUUUCUUGAUGAAAGGUUAUUGUCCACACUAUAUCAUUCCUGAAGUGAACCUAUUCGAAGGAAAAAUCACUCGCCGAUACCAACUGUUAUUAUUGGAGAAGCUAAAAGAGAAUUUGAAUAACAAUCUAAUGAUACUGUACGAUUUACAGUACGAUAUCUUAGGGCAAAGAUUUCGCAGUCCUGCCAGCGACAUGUUUGAAACACGAUCAACAAUAUUUAGGAAGAUUAAUAAUGUUUUAGCAGGCGACUUUAUAAGACUGGGUACUAGAAAGUAUUUAGGUGGGCCGAAUAAUGAGUUAAAUCCUGAACAGUUUCUGAGAUUCUUCACUUUUAUAUCGAUUAUACCUGAGGAUGAUUACGUAAUACAUAUAUUAACUCGUUAUGAGCGACGGGUAAUUUCAGUGUUGAAGCCACUCAUUUACUCAUUCUUAGCAUCACUUACUUCGUCAUUUUACAUACAACAUGAUCUUCAGUUCACACAAGAAAUAUUUCAACUAUAUGAGCGUUCUCUUGACACUGACGUGACGUCCAGCAGACUAAAACUGGCCUCCAUGUUAUACUGCCGGGGAUACCUUAUAAGGGCGGUGGACGUGCUGAAUGACGUUGAACGUAGAUAUGACGAUAAUGUGCAUGCUGCGUGUGGGUGUGGGAGGAAGUAUGAAGGUGAAAAACCUCCAGAUUUAUUUAGUGAAAGUGCAAUUAACGAUUGGAACUAUGAAACAGUCAUACGUAAAGUUGCCCUCUGUGUUAGGUUUACACGGUUUGAAGCUUUCUGUGUACCACCAAUUUUGCUUUAUGAAAUGAACAGGGCAGUUAAUAACGACGUUCAAUUUAGAAGUUUUACUGAACAUUACUGGAUGAACAUGGCCGUGAUAGACUCUCGACAAUACCUCUUCUACCUGCAAUAUCUCACGUACGGGAAACUGGGUCUUCGCCACAGACAAGUUCAGGCACACCUUAAUUUGUUGAAUUGUUUUAGAAACCAAGACAUGGUAAAUACAAUGCACCACCCCGAGACUGCUUGCAACUUACUUGGCCACUGCUUCGAGAUGGAGGAAAACCUUGCCGACGCGCUAAAAUACUACAGGCUCUCAGUUCGAAAUAUAUCGAGAAAUAAUGCUGCCAACUGGCAUAUCAGGAGAUUAACUGGCAACCAAUAGAGCGUGUAAUGUAGUUUUAAUGCGAACACCUAUGUAGCUGUUUUAUGAAAUAAACUAUAAUUAUUCAUUGUGUUAAUAAAACCGUUUGUGUCCAGUAAUAGAGCUUUUGCCAUAUUCUAUUUCUUCGACAAUCUUUUGUCAAUAUGUUAAAUCUUAUCAACACAAUUACUGAAUUAAAAAGACAACCUCA